CUCCGGGCCUAGCAGGAGGUGAGGGGAAAGGAGGAGGAAGAGGCGGCGUCGGUGGAGCAGCCAUGGCGGCCUCCAGCAGCACCAGUAGCUCCCGUCGGGCGGAUAACGGCCUUGGGGGCGGUGGCGGGCAGCAGCAGCAGCAGCAAACGGCAGGUUCCCGUCGACGGAAAGGGCCGGGCGCCUUAGCCACGGCCUACUUGGUCCUCUACAACGUUGUCAUGACAGCAGGUUGGCUUGUUAUAGCUGUUGGAUUAGUCAGAGCAUACAUCGCCAAAGGUAGCUACCACAAUCUAUAUUAUUCAAUAGAAAAGCCUCUGAAAUUCUUCCAGACUGGAGCUUUGCUUGAGAUCCUGCACUGUGCAAUAGGGAUUGUUCCUUCUUCUGUUGUACUGACUGCUUUCCAGGUGAUGUCAAGGGUUUUUCUGACUUGGGCUGUAACCCAUAGUGUAAAAGAGGUGCAAACAGAAGACAGUGUCCUCCUCUUUGUUGUUGCCUGGACGGUCACAGAGAUUAUCCGUUACUCCUUUUAUACAUUCAGUUUAUUAAACCAUCUCCCUUAUCUCAUCAAAUGGGCCAGAUACACCUUGUUCAUUGUGCUCUAUCCAAUGGGAGUUUCAGGAGAAUUGCUCACAAUAUAUGCUGCUCUGCCCUUCGUUCGGCAAUCUGGUUUAUAUUCCAUUAGUUUACCUAACAAAUACAAUUUCUCAUUUGACUACUAUACAUUUUUGAUCCUGACUAUGAUAUCUUAUAUUCCAAUUUUCCCUCAGCUGUAUUUUCAUAUGCUACACCAGAGAAGAAAAGUCCUUUCCCUCACUGAAGAGCACAAGAAAUCUGAGUAAUUCCAGCUUUUGUUCAGAGCUGUGUGUGUGCAUGGAUAAAUGCUUUCAUGCACACAUAAUCCAAGAAAGCUUUCAGAAGUUUAUAAACAAUAUAGAAUAUUAAAAUGAAAAUCAAAAUAAAUGUUUGGUUAAGUAUUACACAUCUUAAGAACUAGUAAUUUUUCAACUAAAUUUCAGCAUGUUAUUUUAUAAUGCAACUUUAUCAUUCAUUUGCUUUCUGGUUAUUAGCUUUGAAAAAACCUAUUACAACGUGAUUUUCUUGAAUGGUAUGAGGGAUAAAGUGUAUGUAGUGCUUGAUCAGGGAUUAUUUUAUCAAUUAAUGGCUUUUGUGCAUGUCACCUUCAUAUGUAUACAUUAUUGUAACAGUAUUAUCUGGAAUGCUUUUUACAACUGCUCUAGACCUAAUAACAAAGAGAUUUAUGAAGUCCCACAAAAGACUGUACUGACUUUGGGUCUAGAAGGGCUUGUUCUCCUUGGAAUUCAGACCUACAAAGAGAAACUUGCAGUGCAUUGAUUGCAGCAGUUAGCUGGUCGCAUAAUCUGCACAACUGAGUGGGGCCUUAAAAUAAUUCAGAGUUGCAUAACUGUGUUUGAAAGUUGCAACCUAUACCUCAAACUAUUGUUCUCCUGCUGUUCUUGAAUGCUCCUCUUACAGGUUUUUUUUACUUGACACCUAAUUUUAUUGAAAUGCACACAAUAUACGUAAUUUAUAAUGGAUGUUGUUUAAUAUAGAACUAAUGAUUUCUAAGAACUGAUGAAAAUAUGUGACAUUGAUGUUCAUCAUCUAGAAAUGUUCUCUCAUUUAAAGCAGGCUUUUUAGAGUUUAAAAUUCAAAAUGUUUUUUAACAUGAUUAUUAAUUUUGUGCUUAAAAGCACUGAAUAUUGGUCAGUCCAGUUUACUGCAAAGCUUUCCCAUUCAGACAAUGACAUUUUUAUAACUUAACCAGAUGGGAAAUGUUGGUCUUUAAUAUUUUUUAUUAAACAAUCUGUUUAGGACAGUCUGGAUCAAAAUGCUAAUUGUUACAUACCACCUUGUUUACUUGCUGAAUGGAAAAGAAAACAUGACUUCUUAAAAUGACCAAGUUUUCUUUCUGCCUGAAGAGAAUUAAUCAUUAAUUAUUAGCGCAAACAAUGCCUAAAGAAGAGAAAUAGAAGUUUAAUUUUAUGAUUGUGGAAUACAGUGGGAAAAUAUCAUUAAGUUUUUAAAUGUAUUGGUUACUUAUGUGUAUUGGUAAAUCAUAAACUUCACUGCAUUCACAUGAGACCUUAUUCAAGAUUAUUAGAGUAAUCUUUGAAAGUGACAUCCUUGUUUCUCAUUUAUUCCGUGACACCAAUUCUUAUCACCCACACUGUCAUACUUUACCUUAUUUGCAAAUACACGCUUUUCUCACAGUCAAUUCCAUUAUUUCUUCCCAUUCUGAACAUAUAUAUUAUUCAGCAAGCCCCAGCUUAUAUUGGAUAGUCCAAACAUGUCUGGAAAGUGUAUAUGCCACAUCCACUUGGUCAUUCUGAAGGAGAACUGGUAUUGUUCACUGAAUGUGCAUGUUGUCCUUAAUAAUUAAUCUUGCCUGGGACACUAAUGGGACCUUCUGCCUUUUAAGGUCGUGAUACUUAUAGGUUGAGUAUGAAGCCUAACAGCCCAUAUAGCAAGAAAUGCUUUAAGGCUAGAAAAGAAUUGUGGCAUUCUCUACUUUCAGUUCACGAUGCCAGUUCAGAUCAAGAUAUCCAGGAACGUCAUCUCGAUGUAUCUUAAUCUGCAACACAAUAAAGAUAUGUAAUAUAGAUGAACCGAUUGACAGUGACAGAGCAAGUCAGCACAUACUGUACAGAUGUCAUCAAAGUCAUACCUGUAAGUUGCCUGUACAAUGUAGUCAGUUUCCCACAAUUACUAUUUUGUAUUCGUAAUGCUUGUACACAUCUAAUACGAGAUUCCACAAGCCUCUGCUCCUUUCUUUUAGUCCUGUGAUUUGGCCAAGUAUUCUUUGUUCUCCUCUGACUUUGCACUGCUUUAAGGAAAAGGCAUAUCCUUGGCAGAUGGCAAGCAACACAAUUCUAAAAGUUUUGAUUUACAAUGGUGUAGGCACAUCAGAACAAAAAAGGGAAGUAUAACUUAAUGAAUACCAAUAGAAAUUGACCAACAAAAGUAAAUCUAUCAAUAUGAAAAUUUAUAGAAUUAUCAAAUAAUUUUAAAAGAUACAACAGUAAUCUACAUACAAAUCUGUCACUACCAUAUAAAACACUUUUCAAGGGAGUAAUUUAGACUAAGGUCCUUAGAAGAAGUGAGGAGGGGGAUUUUAUUUAGCUGUUCAUCUGUUGAAAAACUAUUUGGACAGGCUUUUUCAGUGGCAGUUGUAUAUUCUCAAGUUAUCAAAAGUCUCCUUCAACCAUGAAACGAAUAAAAAUUCUAUAGUCUUUAUGACCUUGGAAAUAUAACUAUACACAUAGAAUAUAUAUCAAUGAUGUACAUUACUUGCCAACCUUAAAGAGAUGAAUAUGUACACAAUACAUCACUGGUAUCUCCUUCACUCCACACAGCCUGUUAACAUUAAAAGUAGAAAUGCUGUAUUUUCUUCCAGCUUAUCUCAUCAGUUCUCAAUUAUAGUGCCUUGGAUCAGGGCUGUAGUCCUGUGUUAACUUGUAAUUAAACAUCAAAAAGUGCUCCCAUUCAUUUGUAUUGCUUAAAACCAAUGAAAACUUUUGAUGCUAUUACCAAAAUACAAUGAUGAUGCACCAAUUAAAACUUAAAAAAAACACACCCAAUGUUAAAAUUUUACAUGAAGAGAUCAAAUGUUCUGGCAUGAAACUGAGACUAUUACAAUUUUUCUUCCUAUUGGACAGUAUUCCAUUCUCAAUAAUACAACACUAACACUUAAGAGGUGAUAAAUGAAAAUUCCCUGAAAAGAAACAAAAGCACUUAAGGAUUAUUCUAAUUUAAAAGGUUGUCACACAGUCUAGUCUAACCUGAGGUGAUUAAGGGAUUGAGUUAAUAAUUUAGUAUCUCUCUUUUUUCUUAUUUAUAUCCUAUAUUUUGGGCCAUAAUUUUUUCUACGUACCAAAUCCAUAUAUCCUUUUCAUCAUAUUGAGAUUCAUUUUUUUUACCAAAUAGUGCAUAUAUUCUUCCAUUUUCAACACUAUUCUUAUUUUCAAUCAACCUUAUCCUUAUUUUCCUCAUAAUCUUAUCUACAUACAUAAAUUUCCAUGGACAUUGUUUGAUAUAUAUAAUUCCUUGUGAACUACAUGUGAAUAGUUGUCAAAGAUAAUAUUCCUUACUGUUUUAAGAUUUCUUAAAAUAUUUCGUAUUUUGCCAAGGAAAACACUCCAAUUUGCACUGGGAAUAUUGUCCCAUCAGUCAAUUUCCUUCUACUAUGAUGUUGGUAAGUCUUUUAGGAAAUCUAAUUUUGCUAUGUAUUAGCAUUUCUCUUGGAUUCUGAACCACAAGGCAGCCCUUCUCCACCUACAUUUUGUAAGGGCUUCGGGUAUUCCAGGAGCUGUACUAGUGUGUUGCUUAUGUUCAGCACACAUCCUUUGGUUGGUCGGGAGUAUAAACUACAGAAGUCUUACCUGCCUUAUUGAUGAUCAAGCAAUUCCAGUCAGCACAACGGUUAUUCCAAAUCAACCUUAACUUUCUACUGAAGUUCCUAAAUGCUGUUUUACAUACCAACAAAUAUUUUUAUGUGUGAUGCAGAUGUGCAGCCCAUUCUAUUUCCCAUGUACGCAUACCUAUGCAGUUAUAUGGCAUUGUAUAUAAGCAGUUAUCAAUUGCAUAUACAGUAGAGUUCUGGUUAUCCAACUUAAACAGGCGGGCCCAAUCUCGAAUACCUGGAUCUGUCAGAUAACUGGAUCUGUGGAAGCGCGGGGCUUGUCACUUCUUAGUGGUGUGCUCCGUGCUUCUUAAAAGGCCCAGGCCCCUGCAGAAGGGAGAAGUUUCCUCCCUCCAGCAGGGGCCUGGACCUUUUAAGAAGCACAGAGGACACCGCCAAGCAGCAGCACCCCCUGCGCUUCCCUAGGCUGGGGCGCCUGCCAAAGGGAGAAGUUUCCUCCCUCCGCAGGGACCUGGGCCUUUUGAGAAGCGCGGAGCGUGUUAAUAAGAAGCGGCAAGCCCCACGCUUCCCCAGAUCCGUCUCCCCGGAUGUCCCUCGGCCAGGCCCUUGCUGGAGGAAAACAUUUCCUCCAGCAAUGGCUUGGCCGAGGAAAACCCACGGCCCGUUUCUCGGAGAGACAGACCCUUUCUGAAGCAAGAGCCUGUCCCUCCGAGGAAAGCGGAGCGUGUCCUGGAUCUCCCCGAGCCAAGCCCUUGCUGGAGGAAAGAGUUUCCUCCAGCAAGAGCCUGGCUGAGGGAGAUCUGGGGGGAUGUCCCUUGGUGAGGGCUCGCCCCUUGGGAAGCAGCCCACGAGCAUUACUGCCUAGCAGCGCUUGUGGGGUGCUUCCCAAGGAGCGAAGGCUCAGUCCAGAGAAGCAGUCCACAAGUGCUGCUGCAGCAGUGAUUGUGGGGCGCUUCCGGGAUGCUUCACCCUCCCUCGCCCUCUCCUUUUCUCGAGCUCCCUUCUCUCGAGAGAAAGAGAGGGAGAGGUGGGGCGCUUCUGGGACGCUUGCUCCUCCCUCUCCCUCUCCUCCACUCAAGAGGAGAGGGAGGGGCGCCCCCGGCAGCGCCUCGGAUGAUAUGGACGCUCGGUUAAACCGGAGCUCGGUUGACUUAAUCCUAGCAUUCUGUACUUAAUCCUAGCAUUCUUUUUUGCAAUUACGUUUCUCAAUUCAUAGCAACACCUGGUUGUAACAAGUUUUUGUGAUAACCUUUUAUAACAAAAUUUUAAGGAGCUUUCCCCCUCCCUCCCCCGGAACUAUACGAGAGAUAUUCUGUAUAAGAUAUUAAUCUGAUUCCAGAAUUUGCCAAAGUUGCAAGGGCAAGAUUCCACAAGCCUCUGCUGUUUCCUUUUAUCCCUGUGAUUUCAGCAAGAUUUCUUCGUGUAUGAGCUUCUGCCUUGAAUUAAGUUGCUAAAUUUCAUUUAAAGCGUUCAAAGUCUGAAAAAUUUGAGAGUCAACACUAUUCAGUGAUGUCUUCUUUUUAGAAAUAGUCCUUUUUGCAGUUUUGAAAAGUUACAAAGUUUGGAUAAAUGGAGAAAAGUUUUCUGUGUUCACACAGAGUUGGAAAAAAACCAUGUUUCCAUAAAAUAAAUAUUGAAUUCUGUUUUCUGCAUGAUCCUGCAGUACCGUGGGUUAAGGCUCUGCCCUACUCCUUCCACAUCAAUGUCUCUGAAGUCUGCCACUGAGCCAUUCUAUUCUUUUCCAUGAUGCAAAAAACUGGUAGAGGAUCUGAUCCAGAUUCUGUUGAAAUGGCACUUUUGAGGCUGAUGGUUACUUGCAUAUAUGGAGAAGCAUGCCAUGCAAAGAUUGAGAAAAGCAGUUCCAGUAUACAUGUUUGAUCGAUUACAUACUUUUUACCCAUACUCAUUUUAAGAGGCAAAACCAUUUUUGUAUCCGGUUUUCUAUGUAGCUCCUGCUGGUUGGAAUUAAUUUCAUAAAGGAGCUGCCCUCUAUAAUUUGCAGCAAUGGUAUGAGGAUCGCUGUAUUGUUGCUUUGUUCUGUUGUGCCUGCCAUGACACUCAAAUAUUCAGCCUCUAAAGUUCUGUUGUUACAUGACCAGGAUCAUAUGCUGAUCAGUUGUAAGGAAUUAAGUGAUACAACCAUCUACUCUUCACUUGCAAGCAUUGCAACAGUGCGUUGACAUGAACCAAGGGGGAAAUCCCUCAGGCUGUGCUGUGACAUACAGUUGUCAUCUAUUUGUUGGCAUAAUUGUAUGAAAUUUUUGAUGGUUGGUUUGAUGCUUUGUAUUUUAUAGUCACAUUUUUCAUUGUUACUUUUAUCUGAUUUUAAACCAAGAGAAGCUUGGUUAACUAGCCGUGAUUGUUAUCUGAUUUAAUCUCUAUUACAUCUUUAGUUAUUUGUUCAUUCAGUAUUUGGUUCAUUUCACUUAUCUUUGAAUUACAAUUCUGUUAUUUGCUUUGCUUGUGGUAGAGUUAGGUUAUAGAUAUUCCAUGGCGACGCCAUAAACUUGGGAAAGAUUUGGACAUAGUCACCACUAUAUUUUCUCUGACCAGAAAAGUUGGUAUAUUGGCUAUUAAAAUGGAUUUGAAGUAUGAAUAUGAGACCUCUGAGACCAUGUAGCUACUGUUUUCUCUCUUCCAUUUCUCAUUACCUCCAGUGAUUCAAGGAUAUUAUGAAAAAUUCAUCAAAUUUCAAAAUAGGAAGCCAAUCAGUACAUUUCUAGGUGUUGGUUUUUUGGCUAGCUUGUAGAAAUCUUACAUUGCAAUUUGAAGUUUAAUCUGAAAAUAUGGGAUACAGCAUUUUAAAAAAAAUCUCAGUGGAGAUUAUGGAUCUCCAUGUAAAUAUGUGUUCCUUGCAGAGGAUGUGGCCCACAUUUCAAGAAACUCUAGCAAUGCAUUGCAUGUCUUAAAUUUAUAAUGAAACAAUUUGUUUUCCUCUUCCUUCUGUUGCUUUACAUUUCCUGCAAUAUCCAGAAAAAUUUGGAAAAGAUAGUGUGAAAAGCAAAACUUCUAAGUUAACUGGCUGCUGCUAACACUAUCUGAUUUGCCUCUUUUGAAAUUGUGUUGUGGGAGAAAUCCAGUUAAAGCUGCCAACCCCUUCACUGACUCAGGACAGGAUAUUUAAAGCCAUACAUUCUUCUUGCAGCAUUAGAAAUAGAGAGAGUCGUAAAGUAGAAAUAGGCCUGGUAACUGUUGACAUAUUUAUUCUGGUUAAAUUAUAAGAAUUGUCCAGGAGAUGUCUUGCCAAUAGAGGUCAGAUUAAAUGUGUCAGCAGUUGUUGUACCAUACAUAGAUGGCCAGAAAUAAAGAGGGAGGUGUAUGCAGCCAGUGACCAUGUAAGAUUGGUCAGCAGUUAUUUGAACAUUCGUCUUAGAAUAUUGUUGUUGGACAAACUGGCCAACAGUCAUUUUCAGGAAAUAAGUGAAAGCAAGUCUGGGAGAACUGAUGUAGGCUGAUAGGCUGCAACCCCCCUCCCCAAGGCUAUUACGAUUUUCUAAGACCUAUAUUAAGUCAUUAAAAGGUUGACAUUUGAGGUUUCUAGGCACCAAUUCCACAUGCCUGAAUGUUGUACAUAUGUUCCAGUAAUUCAUGAAUAGGUGCUGCUAAGUGAGAUACAGUUUUAGCUGAGUUGUCACCCAGUUCAAAAAGCAGCAAACAACUCACUGGAGAAAAUUUGAUCUCUUUUUUACAAUUAUCCUUCAAACAAAUUUACAUUAUUCCAGACUGCUUUUUAUUUUUAAAAAAUUUGAAAAAAAUUAUAUGAUCUGCAUUUAACCUAUGAUUUGUCCUAAUGUAUGCAUUAUCUGGACUGCAGAUAAUGUAGAAUAUAACUAGUUUUGGAGCUUUGUUUGUUAGUAUCUUAAUCUUCACUAAAAAGUUAUAACUAACAAACCGUUGAUCUUUCCAAGAAUUUGGAAUAAAGAAUAAAACUUUGUGUCAGAUACCAACAAGUUAUGCAUACAUUUCCACUUCCGGCUGGCCACUAGAACUGGAAUGGUUUAGUGCCUAUUAAAAGUACUUUACCAUUGCCUUAGAUUAAAACAUCUCAGGCUAUCUGAUAUGGGGGAACUAAUGUCCCAGUAACAUAUUUGUAUCCAUUUGUGGCCAUGCUUUCUGUUCUGGAAGGUCUCCCCCAAUUGGCAGCCUAUGGUUUAUGAAUCAACACUGGCCAGAGACCCCCACCACUUUGAAUUGCACUGACUUACAUGAUUGAGGAACACAAGGCAGGGCAGUAGAGAAGGAAAAGCCUGAAACUGCUGCUGUUGCACUGCAGCAUCUCGAUGCGGCUGAGCAAACAAAGGCCAUUCUUUUUUUGGUGGGUCAGUGAAUACAAUGUGCAUGCCUAGCUGAUUUUCUUGUGCACGUAGAUUGUUUCCCGGCUCAUUUAAUCAAAAGGCAAUCCUGUAGACAUAGAGCGGUAGUGUGUUCAUCAAAGCUUUGUGGGGUAUUUGGUGCAUAUCUUAUAUCAUUUGUGACACGAGAGACUUAGUCCUGCAAAUUGCUUAAUUAUUUUUAACCCAACAUUCACUGUAUAUUUCUCUGCAAAGACAGAUGUCUGAUUAUUAAUAGAACCAAACAUGUAAAUAAGCUUUUAAAAAAGUGAAAACACCCACAAUUGUGAUAAAAUCUAUACAAUUUUAUUUCUGUUCAUAAAAUGGCUACUAUGAUUACUUGAAUCCCCCUCCAAUCUACUUAUUCUCAGUUCCUAUUAAGAUAAUCUUUAGAAUCUGGAUUACUGCUGCAACAUUGGCAUUUGUAAAGUGUUGGUUUCCCUGUGAUCAAAAAUUAACAGUGUUUGAAGUAUACUUUAACAAGUAGUUCAUAGAGCUUGGGUGGUCACUUUUUUCCUGGUAGCAUAGAAAAUUCCAUAUUUACUUAUCUUCUGCAUGUAUGAGAAAGUAACAGGAAAAGCUAUCCUUGCAUAAGCCAUGUCCAUGUUCUGCAAUGAUACUGAUGGUAACAUUGAAAAAGUUUAUAAUUCGUUAAUGUUAGUUUUGUCUUGGUCUGAGAUUAUUUUUCACCUGAGAUGGAAGAGAGGUUUCAUUUUGAGAGCUAUUAAUUAUUGCAAAACUAGCAAAGGUUCCCAGUUUCUCAUGUGUUGGAGUUGUGCUUAUAGUGUGAUAUAUAAAAGACAAAGCAAUGUUACAGUGUUGAGAAAGUGGAAGAUUUUAUAUCUGUCUGCUGUAAGUGAAAUAGGCGAUAUGCUUCAUAUUCUGGAUGAAGCUUUUAAACUCUGUCAUCUGCUUUGUCGUAGCAGUUGCUCAUGCCAGCUUUUAUUGGCAGUUUAGUUUAUUUUUGUUUUUUGUUUUGCAAAGCAGAUUAUUUUUGUAAUCUGACUUUUCUACUUUUAAAAAAUAGGACCUAUUGUCCUGAAUUAUAUGUAAUACUUAGGACAACUACCAUCUAGGCCCUAGGGACUGAAGAUAGUAUUGUAGGCUGUGUGCACCUUCCUAUUGAUUAGUUUGCCACCAGUUGAUUUAAAUGGUACUGCUUGCUACAGAUAGAUUUAAACUGAUUUACAUUAAGCCUAAGACAACAAUAGAGUACAUACUUGUAGGGCCCAUUAAUAUCCAUGGCAAGUUUGAUGUGUCUACUUAACAGCUUAACAAACUUGAAGCUAUCACAGAGAUACAUACAUGUUAUCUUCUAAUUUCAUAGAUAAAUAACAGAUUACGAUAAAUGAGAAUGCUUUGUUGAAUAGCUUCAUUAGACAAAGUUUGCAUCUGUGUGUGUGUGCAAGAUUACAAAGUUACUACAUUUCAGUUAAAAUGUUCAUUGAUAUACAACUGGAUUUUAUGCAUAUUAAUGUGCUAAAAUUUGAUAAAAUUUUAGUCUUUUGUAAUUUUUCUAUGUUGUGAAUACAACUGCAAUUUUUAUAGGUGAUUUACAAUAAUGUAAACGUUUUCAUAUAUUUUCAAAUAUAAUGUUGGCUGGGGUUCUAAAAGAUAACUUUUUAUGCAUGUUUGGAAGAUAUUCCUAUCCAAUAUGUAGUGAAAUGGUUUGCUAAGUAAUCCCAUCACACAAACACCCAUUAUUGCAUUGUGAAGCAAAACAGUUGUGUCUGCCUGGAUUUGGAGUACUGAGAAAUGGUAUCAAAUCACUGAAGUCUUCAAAAUGUUCUUAAUGAACCUGGAAUGCAGUAAUAUAUUAGUACUAUUAAUUUAUAUGGAUGUGUGUUUGCUUUAAUUCCAUUAUCAAUAAAACAUUAUUUCCUUG